AUGAAGUUAUCACCAGUGUCCCUGCUCUUGAGUGGUCUUGCAUUUGCAGGUGCAGACUUUACGUACAAGAGCCGGCCUGAUCUAGCUCCACCAAAACUAAACAUCACUAUUCCCUGCCCCGGAUCAAGCUGCAGCGACGGGUACAUCUUCAUCUCUCCAUUUACAGGAGAAAGCCCUGCGCCAAAAUCGCUCCAGGAGAAGCCGAUCCAGCCUGGCAACUACAUUCUGACUAGCUCUGGUGAUCUCGUAUGGUCUGGAUUUGGAUAUUAUAGCGGCUGGAAUGCCAAUUUCCAAAAGGGGACGUACAAUGGAAAUGACGUCUUGUUUGCCUUUGAAGGCUUGCACGAUGGCCCCCACGCCCAUGGACUGGGCCACCACACCAUUCUAGACAAUCACUACGAAACGGUGCGGGAGCUCCGCGCUGGCCGCCACUACAUCAGCGACAAGCAUGAGUUCAUCAUCAAUGACGAUGGAAAGUCCGCUCUGAUCCAGAUUUGGCAGCCAGUGCCCCGGAACCUCUCUGCAUAUGGUGGUGGCAAUGACCAUGUUUGGAUUGUCGACGCAAUUUUCCAAGAUCUGGAUAUCGAGACAGGAAAAGUCCUCUUUGAAUGGCAUAGCCUAGACCAUGUUUCGCCAAAAGAUGCAAUCCUUCCGCUAUUGGAAGGGCAAGCCGGUAACGGAGUAAAUAGCUCCGUCGCCUGGGACUAUUUCCACAUCAAUUCCAUCGAAAAGGGCGCAGAUGGCCAUUAUUUACUGUCUGGGAGACAUGUAUCUACCGUCUACAAGAUCAACAGCACAGAUGGAAGCAUCAUAUGGCAGCUUGGCGGCAACCACAGUGACUUUGAGCUUGGCAACGACGUCGAGUUCGGGUAUCAACACCACGCUCGCUACAUGCCCGGCACAAACGAGACUUUCACCCAUCUCUCCCUGUUCGACAAUUCUUUUUACGGGUCCGAAGCCACGGGCAAUGGAUCCAACAUCACGACGUACCCGUACUCGCGCGGCAAAUACAUCACCAUCGAUCACGAGGCCAAGAAGGCGAGCCUCGUGCAGGCGUUCCAUCCGCCCAGCAAUGCUAUUCUUACCACAUCACAGGGCUCGCUGCAGACACUGGCCAACGGAAACGUGUUUAUUAACUGGGGCUCAGAGGGCCAGAUUACAGAGUAUCUGCCCAACGGCACCAUUACUUUCCACGCCCAUCUCGACAGUGGCGAGCUAACCGAGCACGUGCAGAGCUACCGGGGCUUUCGCUACCACUGGACGGGCUUCUCGCCAGAGACACCGGCACUCAUCGCUGAAAGAACCGGAAACCAGGUGCAGCUGCACGUGAGCUGGAAUGGCGACACCCGAGCAAAGCACUGGCGCUUCUUGUGGGAUGUGCAAAGUGCAAACAGCAAAGGGCUGCGCGAGAACCAGCACGUUGCGGAGAAAACUGGUUUUGAAACAGGUCUGAGCAUCACACUGGUAUCAGAAAGCGAUGCGGUCUCCAACAUCCGAGCCAUCGCCUUGGACGCUGACGGUCGGGAAAUUGGAAGCUCGGAGACAGUGGCUCUGAUCGCUGCACCUUGA